UAUUGCUUUGUUUACAAAAGUCAGUAUGAUGUCAUUCAUUCUUACGGACAAAAGGCAUAUCUUGCAGAGUGAUCACCAUUGAUAAAAAUUGCAACAGCGCACAAGUUUAUGAGUGAUCCAACCAAGAAGUGAAAAUCGUUGCCAUAGAUUAACGCUCGUCAAAUAACAACGGUGAUGGAAGACUUGAACUCACAGUUCGCUCAUUGUUCGUUAAGGUCAUCAAAUGACCCUCAACAGCAGCAGUCGCAGUAUGGAACACUCCCAGAUAGUGGACCGGAUGGUGUUGGUGUACCCGGUAUGGUAAUGAUGGGUCGGAAGGGACCUGCUGUGCCACCAAAACCGAAAAAACCUUCACCAUCGACGGUGCCUCCACAGGUUCCGAAAAGUUCUCACGUCAAACAGUACAUUGAGCCGUCGUAUUCUACACUACUUCAGGGUCAAACCGGUCAAGCGGGCUUGGAGGAACAUGCUUAUACGAAUACAUCAUUUGGUGCCGGACCUGCUGGCAAGAUGGGGAUCCGAAAAAUAACUUUAGAUAAUGCUGUAGAAUUACAACAGCAGAAGGAAGCUUUGGAGCACCACAAACGUAUGAUGCAGAUUAAAAUGCAGCAAAGAGGACAAGCGGAUGGUGCUGUUUAUGAGAACACUGCUCCACGGUACUGCGAAGGAACUUACGCAAAUGUUUCAGGGCGGUCGCAAAACGGAGAUGGAUUGAUUUACAGUAAUAUAGUUCAUGGUGCCGGACAGAAGAAGCCAUUUAUACAAAGACAAAUAUCUGAUGAACUUCCUCCUCCACCAGCUCAGGAUGUACAAGGCCAAAUGUUGAAUGAGUUAUCUUUGGAAGAAAAUGAUGAUGAAUUUCCACCUCCUCCUAGUCCAGUUAGUUCAUCGUAUAGCGAACUACGGCGAGCGACAGAUCCGCCCUCAACUGGAUGUCAACCACAACCAACGUACAACAUGGUUGGUCCAGGUGCUGCCGGUCAGACUUACAGUAAUUUGGCUCAAAAUAAUCAGAUUUAUGCGAACAAUGUUCAUCAUCAAUCGUUGUAUGGAACUUACGGCAUGAGUUCCCAAGGCUCUACCACGUAUGAAUCGAUUUACGAACCGAUCAAUCCUAGACCUUCCAGUCAAAUGUCCGGAAGAUCAAACUAUUCACUGUACACACCGUAUGUGAAUUCUCGCGGUAUAAAUAGUCCCAACGAUAGCCUGAUCACUAAUGCGUCUAAUCAACUUCCUCCGCAUAAUGCUCCAAAAGAAUCCGAAGUGGAUACUUUGACAGAUUUGUUGGUGCAAUCAAUGGAUAACGUGCAGGAUUCUGAUUCAUUCGGAACAUGUGUCAAAUGUUGCGAGCGAGUGAUUGGUGAAAAUACGGGCUGUACGGCGAUGGAUCAGGUGUACCACAUUGCCUGCUUCACAUGCCACCAAUGUCAGAUCAAUCUGCAGGGAAAACCGUUUUAUGCUUUGGAUGGUCAACCGUACUGCGAAGAGGAUUAUCUGAACACGCUGGAGAAAUGUUCGGUUUGUUUGAAACCUAUCCUUGAACGAAUCCUGCGUGCCACGGGAAAACCGUAUCAUCCCCAGUGCUUUACUUGCAUAAUCUGUGGUAAAUCUCUGGACGGAAUUCCAUUUACCGUGGAUGCAACCAAUCAAAUCCACUGCAUCGAAGAUUUCCAUAAAAAGUUUGCACCACGAUGCUGCGUUUGCAACAUGCCAAUUAUGCCGGAACCGGGUCAAGAUGAAACAAUUCGUGUUGUAGCUUUGGAUCGCAGUUUUCACAUAAACUGUUACAAGUGCGAAGAUUGCAGUCUCCUGCUCUCGUCGGAAGCCGAAGGACGCGGUUGUUAUCCGCUCGAUGACCAUAUCCUCUGCAAGAGUUGCAACGCUAAGCGGGUUCAAGCGUUGACCAGUCACAUGACGACCGAGUUGUAAGUUCCAACUCGUCAACGUCAACAUUGAAUGAAUUCGCCCUCACUGCCGUGUUUCUAGAAAACUAGGAAGGCAGAAAUCGGAAAGUUUUCUUCUCAUUCGGUACUAAGUUCGGUAUUGAGUUGAAAAUUUUUGUUUGGAUAGCGCACAAAAUUACGACCGUAAAAAGUAAAAAGACGACAUUUGUUUGUUAUACUACUCUUGGCUGUUAAUUUAGUUUUAGGUGAGUCACUGUAAAAAAAAACGUAUCGCUCGAACAUUUUAUCGUGUCUAUUUAAAAUUUUUCAAUAAUAAUAAUUAUACUUGGCAACGCUCAUAAAUAUAUACAUGUUUUAGACUUCUAUCCAUACGCAUUUAUGAAAUCUAAUCAUUCCACUAAAUAAAUACUAUUGAUACUAAAUAUAUCGUAUAUCACCAAACUGCAUGUUAAGAUCGAAUUCAAAUGUAAACCUAGAUAAACUUUAACCAUUGCCAAUAGUGAGUAGCAUAUUGUAUUUAGAAAACAAAGGAUUUUAAUCUUGUUAAAUUAUGAUACCUGAAUAUUUUCGUCAUAGUUUCAGUGCAUUAAUCUUUCGCAUUUACAAAUGCCUGGUGUUGUAGCGUCGGAAUAUUACAAUGGAUUGUAAGAAUCAAAAUGAAUAAUAAAUUGGUGUCAUGGGCAUGUAAA